AUGACUGACGAGCCCUUUAUACUUGAUGCACUUGACCCUGAUGACUAUGUUUUCGGGAUAAUUCAUUUACCACCUGAGGAGUCAGCAAUCAGUGUACUUAUUCAGAAUAACCCACAAUUAUUGAAAUUCCUCAAAAAGUUUUUUAAAAGAUUGGCUAAGAAGCCAAAUGAAUGCUUGCGACGAGCGAUUCCCAUUGCUGAUGAUAGGUGCCGCUAUGAAUUAUAUGCUCCAACUAACAGCGAUCAUACCACUUCGCUACCCUUUACUGGAAAGUCCUCUGAUGGAUCUUAUUGUUUGAGAUAUCUUCCCGUUCGAAAACUUCUUAUUGAUAAGGUUGGACCUCCCGCAUUGAGGUGA